CUCUAGGAGGAGCUGGGCCGGGACCCUGGAGGGCUCCGGCUAAUUAGCAUGUAGCUGAGCCGGGGGCCGCCUUUCCUCUGUUCCGUUGCUCUCCUAGCCUCGGCCCUUAGCUUGUCCCGCUGCGGUCCGGGACAACUUUUGAAGCGGGAACGGUCCUUGUUCCGCCUCUGCAGCUCUUCCUUCUUCCCCGGGACCGCAACCCCUCCUUCUCAUUCCCCCCCGCCCCCCCCCCCCCACUUCCCUGCAUCUUUCUCCCUUUCUCUCUCGCACACACGCACACACACCCGGACACACACGCUCGCUCUCUCUCUCACACACACACACGCGCGUGCACACGCCCCUGCCCCAGCCCCAGGCCGGUUCGCCUGGGCAUGUGAAGCUUGGGCGCCGGGAUCAUGGCCACGCCGUGCGCUCCGCUCUGGCCGCGGCUGCCUCCGUUCCUGCUGCUGCUGCUGCCACCGCUCCUGCUGCUGCUUGGGGUCUCCCAGACUCGGGGUUCGCCGCCUUUGCUGGUGCCCAGCGCCUCACCCUGGGGCCAGCUAAGCGGAGCUCCCCUCCCAACGGCGGAGCUGGAAGCCCAGCGGGAGCAGGAGCCGGACCUGGAGCCAGAGCCAGGCCCCCCUCUCAGGCUUCCACCGCCUCUGCUGCCUGUGUCCUGGGAGCGGGAGAACAGCACCCGGGCCCCGGCAUCCCCCGGCCCCGCCGACCCUCCUCCCCGCCUGGGAGCUGCGACGCCGCGGGGAGCGCUCAGGCGAACCUCCAGGGGCCGGAGCGCGAGCACGGCUGCCAUGAAAAGUCACAAGCCAGAUAAAAGUGCUGAGCUCCAAGGAGAAAAUUUCACUUCCUCCUCUCUCAAUUACAAAAACAUUUCAACUAUGGUCCUCAAAGGUCUUGAGAAGUUUCAGAAUUUCAACAGCAGCAGAACCACACUGGAUGCCUCAGGAAGCACCAGUCUAGCAUCGGAAAUAUCUGAAUCCAGAGGGAGUACGAUCUCCUCCAGUGAAAUGAAUGCUACUCUUUAUUCAGAGACACCCUCUGUCCCAUCCUCUCAGAAAAAUUCUUCAGCCCUGGAAAGUUUCCAUCAGGCUUCUGACAGUUUGGAGUCAGAUGGGCAGACCACCACCUUUGUGACUAUCUCAGAUUUUCUGACAAGGGAAAAAGAGAGGACAUUGAGGUCUCUAACUGACAUCACUCCCUCUAUGGAAACUGAAAAAAGAGUUAUUCCAUCUACAGAAACAUCCACUCCUUCCAGCUUGAUACAUUCUUCAACUUCUAUAUUAGAGACCAAAACAGCAAAUAUCUUCUCCCAGGGGAGAAAUCAUACAAAACUUCCAUGGCCACAUUUCUUCAGGACAUCAACUUACCCAUCUCCCUCAAGCAAGUCUUCAUCCCUUGAAAUUAGGACAGAACCAAACAACUCAAUUGCUGUAAAUACUUUGGUUAGUCAGACAGACAGGACAAACAUUUCUACCACAUUCAUCCAAGAUGUCUCAGAGACUCUUCUGUCAACUAAUAGAAGUUGGUUGGCAAAUGGAACUGAAGACUCAACCAGGUAUUCUGGAAUGACCAGCUUUUUAGGCUCAACUCAUGCUUCAUCUUCCUUAGGGAAGGCCAGAAGAAAAAGUACAGUCACAAGGGAUUCGAAUGAUGCAAAAUUCAUUAAACCUUCUACAGAUGGCACACUUGGACAUCCUUCUUCUGGGACCUCUGCUCUGUCUGUACAAAAUGACUCCCCAACCUUUGAAGGAGAUCAUCAGCUGCCCUUUAGUGACGCAGAUGUUGAGAAUGAUAAUUCUAAGACUCAGACUGCGGCUGGGCUCUAUCUUGAGACUUUUACCAGAGACGAGAAGAACACAUCCCAUUGGUCCAUCACCAACAAAAGUGCUUUUGUGGAUGUGAAUGAAAACUCCACUAUGUAUCCUGAAAUUAUGAACCCUUUAGUCCUGACUCAGAUCUCUAAGCAGUGGACAGGAAAUCGUACAGGUCCAGAUGAUACACAUCUCUUUGAGCCUUCCACAGAAUCUUCAUCAGCGUCUUCUUCAGAGAUGUCAGAUUCUUCAUUGCACCAUCAUCCUUUACACACAGAAGAUAGCCAUGAGCUAGGGAGAAGGUCAGGUUCAGAAGAAAGUACUUCCAGUUUUCUUCAUCCCAGUCCAGACACCUCAGCUACUUCAUCUAAGAAUGGAGAGAGAACAUUGCGAUCUCUUACCAAUAGCAGCCUGCCUUCUGAUGGAAUGGAGCACUCCACAAUGCAUCUCCAUGGCACAGAGAGCAUUCCUCAGAUGGGAGUCACAGACACCACAGAUUCAAUCUCAGCUUCGUCAGACGCAUUGCAGACCCAAGAAGCCACUGGAAGUAACCAUGGACCAAUGGGCAGCACACAUAUAGGAAAAAGGACACCUAGUUACCAUACAGACAGCACUUAUAUUUCAUCAACUUUCACCAAAGUGAAAGACAGGACAUUAUUGUCUAUUACAAAUAACAGCACCUCUCCAGACACCGUUGAAACCUCAACCAUUUAUCAUAGAACCUCCAGCUCCUCGGCUUUAGCACAGUCUCCUUCUGUUGCUGUUGUUACUGAUAGAAACAAUAUCUCAUCAAGUGAAGGGCAAUUUGUCAUUCCUUCCACUGAACCAUUGGUUGUGACUUCUUCUGAUUUAUCUACAUAUACAUCUACAACCAGUGUUCCCCCCAACACAGUGCUACUUCAGGCAUCUGAAUCUGUGUCCACUGGUGACUCAUCUUCAUCUUCAUCAUUGCCAUCUUUGCCAUCCCCUUCAGGGUCACAGCUAAGUCAACCAUCUUCCUCAACCCCAUGGCCAACACUGGCUUCUUCCCCACUCUUGUUUUCUAUGGAUGAAUCCUCCAAGUCCAUAUCUUCCUCAUCGUCACCUUUAUCAACCUACGGGGUAGAAUCCACCCCAUCCCCAAUAAUAUUUCAACAGUCAUCUUUACCACUCUUGUCUUCUACCUUAGUCCUCCCCAGUGGUGAUCUCUGGACAAGAGAGUCCUCUGUAACUUCGGCUGAUACACUGAAAGAAUUAUUCACUACUGUGGUUCACAGUAGCCCAUCAGUAGAUCAAAAGAAUCAAAGUGUCUCCUACCAGGAGAAAACCAAUAUGGAGUCAAAGUUACAACCUCCAAGUCUUCCACCAAUGGGAUCAAAAGAAGUGGAAAAUAAUAAUUCUAUAGCCAAGGCCCCUUUACCUCCAAUCCCAACAGAGUCCUUCAGAGAGCCAACCCUCCUGGCCACCAGCACCAAUUCAGCCCUGCCAUCACCAGUUAUGACAACCACAUCCCAUGCAACCAUUCCGUCUUCAACAAUUUCAACUGAUCUCCCACCUCCAAUAAGUGUUCUUACAACUGUGAAAGCAACAACCAAGAAAACCAUCCUGCCUAUUGGACCCAGGACUACGAUGUCUCAGAGAACCACAGAAGGUCCUAUAACCUCUGAAACCAGCAGAGUGCAGACAGAGGCUACUACCAAAGUGAUCCCUACCACUGGUAUAGUCACACCUGUGCAAGAACUGAGCUCAACAGGAAGAGAUCAAGAAGAGGCAAUUCCCACUGUCCAUUUUCCCACAGAAUCAUCUCUUUCCCCCCAAAUUACAAAGGCUUCUACUUCUACACUUUUGACUCUUAAGCCAACUACUAUAGUCCCAUUAAGCAGUGUGAAACCAUUGAUGACAUCACCCUCAACAACAGUCAACAGAUGUGCCACAAACCCUUGUCUUCAUGAUGGGAAAUGCAUUGUAGACUCCACUGGUCAUGGAUAUCGCUGUGUCUGUCCCUCUUCAUGGCAAGGUGAUGACUGCAGCAUAGAUGUGAACGAGUGCCUAUCAAAUCCCUGCCCACCUCUAGCCAUUUGCAACAACACCCAGGGAUCCUUCAACUGCAGAUGUCCCAUUGGGCACCAGUUAGAAAAAGGAGCCUGUAAUUUGGUUAGAACAUUUGUGACAGAAACUAAAUUAAGAAAAACUUUUGCUAAUACCACUGUUGAAAAGCAUUCAGAACUGCGUCAAGUUGAAGACGAGAUCAUCAAAAUGUUAAAUAUGUCUCUUUCAACAUUACCUGGUUAUGCCAGAUCUACUGUUCAAGCUGCCAGGGAUUCCAGCACCGUAGUUGUUUCACUGCAGACCACAUUUUCCUUGGCAUCCAAUGUGACGGUGAUUGAUUUGGCAGAAAGAGUACAGAAAUAUGUUAGCACCUGUACAGCCCCUGUAGAAACCUGCCAAUUCUUGAAGUCUCUGGGAGGACUCUUUACAAUUGGUAGUUUAUGUAAAAAGAAAAGUCCGGAAUGUGACAAAGAGACCUCCAUCUGCACCGAUUUGGAAGGCAUUGCCCUAUGUCAGUGCAAGGCUGGGUACUUCCAGUUUAACAAGAUGGAUCAUUCCUGCAGAGCAUGUGAAGAUGGAUACAGACUUGAAAAUGAAACCUGCAUGAGUUGCCCAUUUGGUCUUGGUGGUCUCAACUGUGGAAACCCUUAUCAGCUUAUCACUGUGGUGAUUGCAGCUGCUGGAGGUGGGCUCCUUCUCAUCCUAGGAAUCGCAUUGAUUGUUACCUGCUGCCGAAAGAAUAAAAAUGACAUAAGCAAACUCAUCUUCAAAAGUGGCGAUUUCCAAAUGUCUCCAUAUGCUGAGUACCCCAAGAACCCUCGAUCACAGGAAUGGGGCCGAGAGGCCAUUGAAAUGCAUGAAAAUGGAAGUACUAAGAACCUCCUCCAGAUGACAGAUGUCUAUUAUUCUCCCACAAACAUCAGGAAUCCAGAACUUGAACGAAAUGGUCUCUACCCUACCUACACUGGUUUGCCAGGAUCUCGGCAUUCUUGCAUAUUUCCCGGACAGUAUAAUCCUUCUUUCAUCAGUGAUGAGAGCAGGAGAAGAGACUACUUUUAACACCAUGGGACAGUGCAUAACCACUGCUGUUUUGUGUUAUUUACACAUGAAUUCUAUCUACUCAAGGAACAGAACCAGGAAGACUCCCCAAACACUUGCUGCUCUGCAGACCAUUCAAAGCUGAAGGUUACAUAGCAGACAAGGGAUGGGACAGAAGAUUUAAAGAUGGCAAAGACUGAAAGGAAUUGCUCAUUUACAGGCUGCUCAUUCUUUACUUUUCAGUGUUCAUAUGUGUUACUGUGAAAUGUGUUAAUGGGUCAGUGAGAACAGAUUUGCUUUUAGUGACAUGUCAUGAAUGCUACCACUAGGGAUGAGUGUAAA